GUGUUGCUUCAGCAAUAAGCUCAAUAGGUUGUACUCGUAGAGGUGUUACAGACACGGGCUGGGCCUAGUUUGAGACACUUGGUCUUCAUCUUUUGCCCCAGCAACCAUGGGCUGGAACGCACUCCCCUCGCUUGUCAUCAUUACUGGCAUUUGGACGGCGGGCCUGUUCGCGCUGGACAAGGUGCAGAUGUUCCGUGAGAACAAGCCGGCCUGGGCCAACAACAAGGACGGGUGGCAGAAGGCGCUCUACCGGCGAGACUGGUAUUUGCAGCGCGAGGAGGAGACGCUAGCUAUGGCCAAGUAAUGGAGAAACCUUAAGUGGCACGAGCUUGGCGCGAGCGGCGAGGCGAGCCUGCAGGGAGGGCUGUCGCGGGAGCGCCGUGUGCGUUGGUGGAAGCUCUGGGGAGGAGCUGUCGGCUUACAUGAACAGCAAUGCUAGCAAAACACGCGGUAUGUCCGCUAAAGGGCCACAUGGCUAGCGGGGGCGAUGUGUGUGACUGUCUACAGCGUGUGGGGCCCGGGUGGCACAAGCUGUGUGUGUUGCCCCAGGGUUUUGGGGCUGGUGAAAGAGUUCUUGGCUGCUGGCUAAGAGGGCCGCCUAAUCUAAAAUCAUAGUUUAGGUCGUGAGUAAACGUGGUGAUUCGCGUGGCAAGGGAUUUACAUGGGUAGCCAAGCCCGCCCUCUGCGAGCGGGGCGUGUGUAAUUAUG